AUGGCGGCCUCAUCGGCGCUUACAGGCCUCGAUGGCACAUCGACGCCGGCCUCUUUCCACACAGCCGCCAACUCCCCGAACACUGCCGCCGAUACCACCAACAUCACAAGUCCCGACCACGAAGACGAUCAAAAACCAAAGUACUACAAAUCCCGAGAAAUUCCCCACGUACUCAAGCAGUCAUGUCAGAUCCAUCUCGAGGAGCAGAUGUACCUACCCGCAAUAGAGCUGCUCGGAAGUCUUCUCAGCGAUGCCGGUGAAAGGCAACAAACAAACAAACCUGUCCGAGUACCUCCUCCUGCCCAGCUCGCCCUUCUCGGCACCCUGACAAUCCAUCCGGCAUAUACAUCCCGCGCUCCCGAGCAAGCCAACCUCGACAUCGCUGCCGAAUCCCGAGAAUACCUCCGUACCCUCCUCAACAAGGUCGGGCCCAUAAACUCCGACUUCCGAUCGGCAUUUUCUUUCAGACAAGGGCACAACAGUGGUCGAUGGGCCCGGAGAAGCUCACGAGAUUUCAACAGCCCCGGCGAAAGCGAUGGCGGUGGCAGUAUCGGCAUUUUUGACGAGGCGGAUAAUAUAGAGAGCAAGUGGUCUGGAAACGACCACAGCAUAUGGAGGAGAUCGUCCGAUUUCUGGUCCGUCUUGGGCUGGGCGUUCCGGUGCAGCACCACACAUCCGCACCGUUGGGUGCACUGGAAGGAGUGGCUGGAUUUCAUGAUUGAGUGCCUGGAGAAGGACUGGGAUGAGCGGCUUGCGCAGGACGAGGCCAACUUCCGGGCGGAAAUCAGCAACAACAACAACAACAACAGUGGCUGCGAGUCCGAGGCUAAGUGCCAGUACCCUUUGCUGCAACAGAGUCUGUUUGUUCAAUACGUGGAUGACCUACGACGGGAUAGAAAAAGGGUGCUACACGAGGUUAUCAGAGCACUGUUUGCGUUUGCGGACGACGAAAACGCCGCGGACAAUACGUAUUACAAGGAGGUGUUCAACAAGGAGACAGUUCUCCACAAAGACAAAAGCAACAAGCGGAAACACUCUGAAAUGGCCGCCGCCGUCGACCUAGAAAAGGACCAAUUCGGUGAUUACCUCGAUGAUUUCGACGACCCAGUCACCGACGAUGACGACGACGAGAAAGCAGACACGUUUACCACUCCUCGCCUUUCCUCCGCCGCCGCCGCCCGAACAGGAACCGGCCGACGAGCCAACAAAGCCCGAACAACAAAAUCCACCCCUUUCUCCCGACGACCCGGAAAGGCUUUCGACGUCUCCCCCACCACCUCGCCCAACCCCUUCCGCAUAACCGACGGCCUAGCCGACUCGAUCCUUCUCCGCCUGCGUCUCUUCCGUCUCGUCUCCGGCUGCGCCUUCUACCUUUCGUCCGACAUUCUCGGCUGCAAGACGCAAGAUCUCUACGACCUCUUCACCUCGCGGCUCAAAUCCCUGCCCCUCCCCUGUUUCGAGCUCUUUCUCUCACCAGAUCAUAAUGAAACCGUCUUACCACGCUUCAUCUACGUCUCCCUCUUCCGGUACCUAGCGCAAUCGUUCACGCCGCGCAGCGCCCCGAACCCCGAGGACGUCGACCCGGAAGCGGACGCCGAGCACGCCAUCAGCCAGACGAUGCUUAGAGAGUGCUUCCUGCCUUUUCCCGCCAAGACGGUCGGCGUGGAGGAUAAUGCCAAGUUUGGCUUGGUGCUGGAGAGCAUGGCGUGGUGUCUGUUUCAAUCUGGAUCAGUGGAUUAUUGUUGUGAGCUGAGGUCCGAGGUCGAGAGGGGGAUUGAGGAGCGGGAGAGGAAGAUUAAGAAGGGGGGAAACGGCAAGGGAGGAGGGGCGGCGGCGAUGAUGAUGAUGAUGACGGCUGCGGAGAAGAUGGGGAGGCAGACGCUUGAGAGGAGCGCGGCGUCGUUGAGGGCGUUUGUGGAUGCCGUGGAGGCUACCACCGGUUUUAUGAUGGAGGAUGGGGAUGGGGAUGCGAUGGAUGAAGACACUUUACUGGUGAGUAGUCCCUAG